AUGUUUACAAGAGCAGCCUUCAAGAUAACUUCAAAAAUCUCACUGACAAAGACUCCCAGUUAUUCCUGGACCGCAUUCAGUAGAAUGGCAUUCAUGAGCAACUCUAAGGCUAUGGUUGUGCCAAAGAUUUGUUCAACAACUCCUAUUUUCCAGAGGAAUUUUGCGAAAAAGACAAAGCAAGCUAUGAAAGAAGAAGAUGAGGCCAAGAAGGAAAAAAUUAGGGAAAGAUUCCAAGACAUGGACUUCCAAGGCCUCAAAGAAGAAUGGACAGAUGAUUUUGACUUAUGAAUUGAAGAAUUCGAGGAUAACCUCAAGACACUCAAAAAUUACAGAGCUAGCCCAAAUAUGUUCGACCAUGUCUCCAUCCCUGCAUAUGGAGACUCUUAUGAUCUCUGCGAGCUUGGCCAGACUAUAGUAAGGGGAGAGAGCAACAUCCUCAUCUCUGUGUAUGAUGAGUCCCUCAAAGAAUCAGUCAUGAAAGCCAUCAUGAUGCAUGAUGGUGAACUUGAAUGCACAAUUGAAGGAAAGUACGUCUCAGUCAAAAUGGGUAUGACAAGGUCCGAAAACAAAGACAAAGUUCUUGACCAAGCCAAGAAAAUGCUUCUUGAAUUCAGAUCCGAAAUAGGUAGAGAAAGAGGAAGUUCCCUCAAAACUCUCAAAGAACUCGAGGCUGUGCUCCCCAUGGAUGAUAUUGAGAUUCAAAGAAAAGAGCUAGAAGAGCUUUAUCAGAAGAAGCAUGAAGAAGGACAGAAGAUUUAUGAUAGAAAAGUUAAAGACAUUACGAAGAAGUAG